CUGGAAGUUAAGUUAACCUACGAGAUAAUAUACAAAAGCACGCACCUUCGUUUCAUUUAAUCUAUAUAUACAUUGUAGUUAUUUGUAUAUCAACUGUUGUAUCGGGUUAACCUUUAUCUACAAAAAAUGACAGAAAAAGGCUUACUUCAGAGAUUAGAAAAUGGUGGUAAUGUGGUUGUUGCAGAGGGAUAUAUUUUCGAAUUCGAGCGAAAAGGCUAUCUACAGGCAGGAUCUUUUGUUCCAGAAGUGACCUUAGAACAUCCAGAACUUGUCAGACUUAUGUAUGAAGAAUUUGUUCAUGCUGGCAGCGACGUUGCACUAGCGUUCACGUAUUACGCACACCGAGAAAAGCUACGGCUAGUUGGGAGAGAGAACGAUUUGGAGAAAAUAAAUAGCAAGGCACUAAAAAUGGCACGUGAAGUUGCAGACGAACAUGGCUGCUUGAUGGCGGGAAACAUCUGUAACACUUCCGUAUACCUACCAAAUGACGAAGAAACAUAUAAAAUUACAGAAGCAAUGUUUAAGGAACAGAUUGAGCUUGCGGUUAAAUACAGGGCGGACUACAUAGUGGCAGAGACAUUUGCUCACCAUGGCGAGGCAAUGUUGGCUUUAGAGUGUAUCAAGAAAUACGGAAAAGGGUUACCAGCAGUAGUAACGCUAUUCGCAGCGACAGGAGACACGUUCGUUGAGGGGGUCAAUGUCGCAGAAGGUUGUAAACUGUUGGAGGACGCUGGUGCGGCUGUUGUUGGCCUAAAUUGUAGUAGGGGACCAGAAACAAUGAUUCCCCUUCUUAAAGAAAUUAGGCAAAUGUGUAAAGGUCCUAUAGCUGCAUUACCAGUGACCUAUAGGACAACACAGGAGGAGCCAACUUUCACCGCAUUAACUAUACCGGGAACCAAAAAGAGAGCAUUUCCGCUUGACUUGUGCGCAUGUCUUCGCAGUCGUCAACAGAUAGCGGAGUUUGCCGAGCAAUGUAAAGAAAUUGGUGUGCAGUACAUUGGCUUAUGUUGCGGAAACUCCGCAAACAUGACCCGAAUUGUUGCAGAGAAGUAUGGACGUAACCCACCUGCUAGCAAAUACGCACCAGCUAUGGAAAAGCACUUCAUCUUCGGCGAUAAAUCCAAGUUUAAAAGCGGUUUCACAGAAGAUUUGAGAACACAUAUUGGAGGACAGUUUGAUUAAAUAUAUUUAUUCCCGUGUUGGCAAUUUUCAGACAGGGAGUUAUUAUAAAGUAUAGUACUUAUCGAUAUUUCCUAUUAUCCAAGUUCAUAUUAUAUUUGCAAACGAAUCACUUUGCCUUUCAACAAAUGUAAUAAAUAUUAGUCGCCUGUGGAUACUGACUGCACAGUUUCUUUCAACUUAGCUGAAUAAUAAACUCCCGAAUAUUUC